GUAACUGCAUGCUGGUCUGCCAGUGUCAGAGAGAGGGUGAAAGCAAAGCUAGAGGAAUAAAGUGCUCCUCCAGGAUUUUAUUGGAGCCCUUUUCCCUGUCUUGCUUUACCCUCUCCUUUUGGUACACCUCUUGGUAGCUGCUUGUGUCCACUUUAUUUGGGGAGGCCCUGAAGAGGAUACACAAUGGAGCGAAGAGCCUGUGGCAACUGGGCUGUUGUACUGCUGAGAGGGGGAUGGGGUAGAGGGAGGACCGGUUCACACAGCUAACACAGCCUGCUGGCUGUAGGUUUCCAACAGCCUCUCUUUCCUGCCUGAAUGUACUGUUUCCUGGCAGAGCACUUAUUCCUGGACAAACUUUGCUUGGACAACACUAAGGAUUACUUUUGUCUUCUGUGGGAUUUUACGACACAGUGGAGUCGGGGGAUACAUCUAUCUGUUUUUUGGAAUAACAAAAAGGAAAAACUAACUUGUGUAAAUCUUUUGUACCCUGGACUGGUUUUUGGUUUUUGUUUCUGUUCAGUAGAGUUCAUUAUUGGAUAACAAGAUGCAUGCCAAGUCAAAUGAUUUACUGGAUUUCCAAAAACUGGAUGCCCUUCUGGAAAAAAUUGCACAUUCAGUCUCUGUGAAAAGAGAUUCCAGCGAAGAGUGCAAUGGGAUCAGUGGUACUCUGUCAGUGGAAUCUGUGCCGGGGCCAAGAUUGAACUGGUGUCCUUCCAGCACCACUGCCCCUGCUCCUACUCCUGCUUCAGCUCCCGUUUCGGGACACGAGCCCACACCCAACCCUAUCAGGAUGGGGGACGGCCUGGAUACAGCGCAGAUGUCGGGCAGCAGCAGCCAGGGGCAGGCCCAGCAUGGUGUCAAUCCCCCUCCCCCAGAGUAUAUCAACCCCAACAGGCCAAAGCGCCAAACCAAUCAGCUGCAAUACCUGCUCAAGGUGGUGGUAAAAUCCCUGUGGAAACACCAGUAUGCCUGGCCUUUUCAUGCACCAGUGGAUGCAGUCAAGCUUAACCUGCCUGACUAUUACACAAUAAUUAAAACACCUAUGGACAUGGGAACAAUCAAGAAAAGACUUGAGAACAGCUAUUAUUGGAAUGCCCAAGAAUGUAUCCAGGACUUCAGCUCAAUGUUUACCAACUGCUACAUAUACAACAAGCCUGGAGAUGACAUUGUCUUGAUGGCUGAGUCUCUAGAAAAGGUUUUCCUCCAGAAGGUUACAGAAAUGCCUCAAGAGGAAAUUGAGAUUCCCGUCAUGACAGGAAAGGGACGUGGCCGAGGCAGGAGAGAUGGAAGUCUAAACUUGAAACCAGGCACAAUCAUUGACUCGCCAGCCACAACUCCACAAACACCUGGUCUAUCAACCCCCUCACCAGCUUCACAGUCUCGAGGACCAACGCAGGGCCCACCUUCACUACCUCCCCAUCCUUCGAUGCAGGCCCCACCAUCCCAUGUGCCCCAAACAAUACCCAGCCAUGUGCCACAGCUCAGAGCUUCAUACUCCAUGGUUCCAUCAGACUGUGCUCCUCAAGUUCCUAUUAUGACUCCUGUGCCUCACCCUGUUCAGACCUCUCUUCCUCCAGUAUCACUUCAGAGCACUGCUCCUAUUCUGCAGACCCCUAUAACAAUGACCAAACAAAAAAAGAGUCAAAAAAGAAAAGCAGACACUACAACUCCCACAGCAAACGAUCAGUUAAGUGAGUCUUCACCAGCAGAAUCCAAGUCUGGGAAGACGCUACCUAAGCGAGAAAGUAGCCGGCCCCCGAAACUGCUUAAGAAGGAGGCUCCAGACUCUCAACAUCACAUAGGCAUGGGUACUGGACUUAGUGGACAAAGUGGAGGUCUUAGCCCUAAACCACAGGAUCAGCUGGGUUAUUGUGCUGGCUUGAUUCGGGAGAUGCUGUCCAAGAAACAUGCUGCUUAUGCUUGGCCGUUUUACAAACCUGUUGAUGUGGAUGCACUGGGACUACAUGAUUAUCAUGAUAUCAUCAAACAUCCGAUGGAUCUCAGCACCAUCAAGGCUAAGUUGGAGAACAAGCAAUAUCAAGAUCCUCAGGAGUUUGCUGCAGACGUGCGGCUAAUGUUUUCUAACUGCUACAAAUAUAAUCCACCGGACCAUGAAGUUGUAGGCAUGGCACGCAAACUGCAGGAUGUCUUUGAAAUGCGCUUUGCCAAGAUGCCAGAUGAACCUGAGAGUAAGCCAAUGGUUUCUGCUCCAGCUCCUAUCCUUCACCAUCCUGCCCCUGUAAAGCCUCAGCCUCCUUUGGCACGUGUCGCCUCAUCUUCGGACAGCUCCAGUGACUCAUCCUCGGAGUCUGAAUCUUCCACAGAUGACUCAGAAGAAGAGCGAGCCCAGAGGUUAGCAGAGCUCCAGGAACAGUUAAAGGCUGUCCAUGAACAGCUGGCUGCCCUAUCACAACCACAAGCCAGCAAACCAAAGAGAAAAGAAAAGGAAAAGAAAGAGAAGAAAAGCAAGCAUAAAAAGAAGGGUGGUGUGUCGGGCCUUGUCGAUGAAAUCCAGGAUGCUACGCCUGUUCCACAGCUGUCUAAGAAAACCAAGGCCAUUACCAGUAACAACAAGGAGAUUGUUACAAAAAAGAAACCCAGUAAAAAGGAAGGUGCGAAAAGUAAUCACCCUCCUAACCUUCAGCCAGUUCCCAGCCUGGAGGAUGAUCUUGGAGCUACUGGAUCAUCAGUAACAGGGGAGAAGUGCAAGCCUAUGACCUAUGAAGAAAAGAGACAGCUAAGCCUGGACAUCAAUAAGCUUCCUGGAGAUAAGCUUGGCCGUGUAGUUCAUAUAAUCCAGUCAAGAGAGCCUUCACUCAAAAACUCAAACCCUGAUGAGAUUGAGAUCGACUUUGAGACACUGAAGCCCUCCACUCUGCGUGAGCUGGAGAGAUAUGUGUCUUCCUGCCUCCGCAAGAAGAAGAAGGUUCCAGUUGAGAAGAAUAUUGAGUCCAUGGCAACUUCCAAAAAGACUGGAUCUUCUUCUGAAAGCAGUGGCUCAAGUUCAGACAGUGAAGCUGAGCUCACAGGAUUGAUAAAACAGAGGAAAAAGAAAAGCCAAUCUGUGAAGGAGGGCAAAAAGGCACAUCCUCCUGUUCAAGCCGGCUCUGCUCAAACUGGGCUUCCAUCACAAACUCUUGGCCCUCAGUCUGGCAGUCAGAUGAAGCAUCAACCUCCUCCUGCAGGAUUUGUGGCGCCUCCUCCCGUUGCAGCCCUGGAGUCCUCCCACUUACUAGAGAGCUACGAUUCCCUACCUUUCAGCAGCCAUCAGCCAAUAAUGCACAUGCCCCACCACACAGGCAACGCUUCCCCUAUACCUCCACAUUUAAAUGCACAUUCAGCUGGGCCAGUGUCCCCUGAGACACACCCUUUCCUCAAUCAGCAUCCCGUCCUCCCAUCUCCAGCUCUACACAGUUCCAUGCCUCAGCAACCAUCUCGGCCCAGUCACAAGGCAGCACCUCUUCAUCCCAAACCUCCUCAACAGCAGCCAGCACCACUUCCGCAGACGCCAACUCUUCCUCCUCCUCCUCCUCCUCCAGAGCAGCAGCAGCUUCAACCUCCGCCAGCAGCCCCACCGCAGCACCAGCUCUCCUCUCAGAUACUUCACCCUCCAUCUCAACCCCUCCACCAAAGGCCAAUGUCACCACCGACAUUCACUCCCCAAGGCUUGCUGUCUUCUCAGCCUCCACAGAUGYUGUUGGAGGAUGAUGAAGAGCCAGGGUCUGCGACGUCUCUAAACCAAGUGCAGUUAUACCUUCAGCAGUUUCAGCAGGUUCGCCAGCCGCAGCAGACCAUGCAGUCGCUUCAGAUGCAGGUUUGUCAGCAGCAGCAGCCACAACAACAACAACAAGGACAGACUUCUCUUCUACAGUCUGUCCAGGGACAACCUCAGCUCGCUGCUCAGACUUCGCUGCCUCCUCCACAACUUCCUGUCCAGUCCCAGGCUCCGCCCGCUCCACUGCUUCAAGCCCCGCCCCCACAAAUAUCCCUACACCAAGCCCGUCACUUGCAAAACACUCAGCAUCAACAGCAGCAAUCACAGCUGCAGCAAACGAACUUCCAUCAGGCCUCAGGACUCAGUCAGUCCCAGGGGCCACAACACAAUCUACCCAUGCCCACGAGCAAAGCACAGCAGAUCAUCCAGCAGCAGCAAGAGCAGCCCUCCCCUCGCCCAACCAAAGUUGACCCCUACAACAUGGGUCAAAUAAGGGACAACCCAUCUCCUCUCAUGAUGCCUUCCCCACAACUUCCCCAAUUUGUGUCUCACCAGUCUCCAUCUCACAACAUGCAGCCCAAAAAGCAGAGGGCCUCUGGAACCCAAGGUGCAAUUAAAGAAGAAAAGCUUCCUCCAUCACCAGUGAUGAGAGGAGAUCAGUUUAAUCCUGCAAUGAGACCAGAUCGUCACAAACAUCCUGAAAACAAGCCCAGUCAACCAAGCCACAGCCAACAGAAUGUGAAGUCGAUGGACAGCUCACGGCCGGUCAUUCGUUCGUCUGAGCCGAGUGGACCACCGCCCUCCCUGCAGGACAAGGAUAAGUUUAAACAGGAACCCAAGACCCCUACUGCUCCUAAAAAGGGACAGGAUGCAAAAUUUAAGAUCAUGAGCUCGUGGGCGAACCUGGGACAAAAGCAGACAUCUACGCCUUUAUCCGGGGUGAAAUCUUCCAGCGACAGUUUUGAGCAGUUCCGCCGUGCUCUACGAGAGAAAGAGGAGAGGGAAAAGGCCCUAAAGGCACAGGCUGAGCAGGCAGAAAAAGACCGGCUACGCAGAGAGCAGGACAAACUACGAGGACGGGAUGAAGAGGACGUGACCGAACCUCCCAGGAGGGUGCACGAGGAGCCUCGAGCACGCCUUGAGCAGCAGCACGUCCAAGCCCCGUCCCAACCACAACCACCGCAGAUCCAUCCAGAGGCCCAGCCCGCCGUCAUUCAGCAGCCGCCUCAGCCCCCUACUCCGCCUCAGCCCGCCACACAAAACUCGCUUGAUCAACACAGAGAGAUAGCACGCCUAAAAGAGCAGGAAAGGAGGAGGAGGGAGGCGAUGGCAGCGACUAUUGACAUGAAUUUUCAAAGUGACAUAAUGGCCAUCUUUGAGGAGGGCUUUUGAGGAAAGAGUGCAACUGAAACAGACAGUAAGCAGAAGAAAACAAGUGAAUAAAUGAGGACGAGCUUCCUCUGGCUAAAUGUCCCACAAAAGGCCACAGACUCGAUACACGAGCCCUGUUGAGACUUGAUACGAAUGCUGGACUCGUGGUCGCGGCUUGCUUUUCAACCUCUUGGGCUGAACUCUGGUUGUAGUCUCAGUGUUUUGAACGUGGUUUUGUUGGAUUUUUAGCAGUGCUUGCCCAAAAAAAAAAAAAAACGGGAAAAAGGAGGACCUCUUUUGGCACAGUUGCCUUUGUCAUGCUUGAUUCUCAUACUGUGCACGGACACAGCAAUAACUGCAGGAGUAACAACAUCCCGAUCCCAGUAACGAUGAAAGAUGCUCUGAUGUACUGACAGACUGCGCAGGAGGGUUUUGAAACUGCCAGAUGUCAAAAAUUGUGAAGAAAUUGUCUUUUCCGUUCUGUUUAUUUUGUUGUAAGUGAACACAUUUUUUUAAUUAUUAUUAUUUUGGGGUUGGGGAGGAAACUUCCAUACUGUAAAUCGUGUAUAUUUCUCAGCAGAGAAGGUACAGUUUGCCUUACAUCUUUUUUCCUAAAUAGACAAGUAUGUUCUAUAGCCUGCACACGGAAAAACCAAUAAUGUUUUCAGACAGGACCAGAAGCCGUGCAGACUUUUUUCCAUCAUCUAUUAUCUACUGUAAAAAAGUAUUUUCUUAUCCUACAACAACUGUUUAUUUCCACUUUAGCUCUUUGAAUCUUCACACCAACACACUCCAACACCUACGCCAAACAAUCCAAUAUCUUUUAUGCUAAAUUACUUGCUCUAAGUCAUAGAGGUGGGGGGGGAAGAAAAUAUGCAUUAUCAUAACUGCAAUGAGUAUUUAUCCAAGACAGAAUCAGUUUGUAUCUAACUUAUAUUUGUCAUUUUAAACMACAAAGAAAUUGCUAACAGAAGAGCUAACGGACCGGUCGCUUUUGAGCUUUAGUUGGAUUUUACGAUAAGUGAUGACCUGAUUUGUAAUCCUUCAAAAAAUACUGUUGAGAGGUUUGUUUAAUUGGCUCGUCACACUACCGGAUCAGUUCGUUUUUAUUGGUUCGGUCCGAUGACAACGGGCCGAAUGCUCGAGGUCGAAAAGAAACAAUCUGGACAAACACAUUUUAUGACUUCCUGUAGCCGAUACUUGAAACAGAUCUGUAAAAAAUAAAUAAAUCGAUGGUACCAUAUGGAGGUCCCAGUUAGUUUUUACAUUAAAUCAUCAUAUAAUUCAUGAGAGGCACACUGUUGACAAUGCAAAAAAUAAAACUUAAAAAGAAAAAAAAAA